AUGUCAGAAAGAAAUACCAGCAAGCCCUGGACAGAAGAAGAAGAUCAGCUCUUGCGGCAGGCCGUUGCUCACUAUGGUGAAAACGACAACUGGAAAAAGGUGGCAGAGGGAAUACCUGGUCGAACCAACAAGGCCUGCAGGAAGCGGUGGCUUCACUCUUUGCAGCCCAAUGUCAAGAAAACCGCCUGGACCCCUGACGAAGAUAAAAUGCUGGUGGAUCUUCACGAGAGCUAUGGGCCAAAGUGGUCUGCCAUAGCCCGUCAAAUUCCAGGCCGAACUGACGACGCCUGCUCCAAACGCUACAGGGAAGCCCUUGAUCCCUCACUUAAGAAGGAUCAAUGGACCCAUGAGGAAGACGUACUUCUCAUGGAGACCUAUCAUCGCAUCGGCGGAAAAUGGGGAAAACGCCAGCGCUCAUCAAGAAGUAGGUGGCGCCUAUUGGAACGUAAAAAGGCAUCCAAGGCGAACCACCACAUGAGCUCACGCACGAGCCCCGUGCAUACCAUCACCCCUCACGAGACCCCCGUGAUUGUAGAGGAACCACUACCCGUUGCACAGUUCCAAGAAGCACCUGCCCACGUACAAUGGCCGCCAUAUUAUCCUCCUGAAGCCUAUCCAACUUUCCCUGUAGAUGGGGAAAGUAGCGGGGAUAUUGUAUUCCGUGAACCCAGCCCGGAAGUUGUACAACAGCCUGAUCCCAAAGUCGCACCGUUUCAGUUUUCUUCGUCGUCUCUUCUCACCGCUCUAUCUGAUCCGCCAAGGCCGCACGCUCCGCUGCCUCCUAUUAGUGCUGUCAAUACUCCAGAACUCGUGCAAUACGACAUUCCUAAUGAAUCUGAAAGACAGCCAUCUCUUUCUCCUCUGUCUCAAUGCAAUGCCAUACCCGACAUGAACGACAUCCUUAUGUCAUUGGAAGAUUACACGCAAGGCUCUAUUGCACAGCUACCUUCGGAAAAUUCUGCGUCCCAAAUAACCUAUGACAUUGAAUCCUACAACAAAUUGCCUCAAUUCACAUUCGGUGAUAUCUACACUGCCUCGCCUUUCACUAUUCCUACAGAACUUUCGCGACCAGAACAUUAUAAUUUCAAACCCGUUCAUAUUCCCAAGUUGUUCGACUCUCCUCAUAGCAUCUAUGGCGGAGUUUUAUACGAAGAAACAUCAUCAGCGUCGUCAACUCCAUAUGUUUUGUCAUCCUCUUUGUCCCCUACCUCAAGUCCGCUUCCAGCGACACUCUUAGAUCUGCCUAACUCCGAACAGCCUUCCUCAAACUCUUUACUAUUUUCGCCAGCGGACGGCCCUCGAACGACCUCGAUGUCGGCAGGUAUCCGCCGAUCAAGGAAAAAUACAUCGAGAAAAAACAAACCGAUCAUCAAGGUCCAAGUUACCACUCGGCUCUCUUCGACGUUGCCCCUUUCUAGCGACCCGAAUAUCCGGCCAUAUGCCUGUGGACGACCUCAGUGUUGGCCCAAUACUGCAACUACCAGUUCCAGCUGUUUUGCUACGUCUGGGGAACUCCUAGAUCACAGCAAAGAGCAACACCCAGACGAGGAUGCGUCGGAGAAGCCGUAUAGAUGCGCCCUAACAGGCUGCGGAAAAUCUUGGAAGUCGAUAAAUGGGCUGCAAUACCAUUUACAAAUAUCCACGGCUCAUUUUGCCACUGCAUUGUCUUCAAGGUUUUCUGCACAGCUGCCUUCGACGCCGGAUGUCAACACACCUUCCACGUUGGAGGGGGAAAUAGAAGAUUUGGAACCGGAACGCAAGUAUAUGUGCCCCCAACCUGGCUGCUUCAAAGCCUAUCGCCAACCCAGCGGUCUGCGUUACCAUAUCAAAUUUGGUCAUCCUAUUGACAUUCCCACACAACUUGCAGUUGUUCCGCCAGCCUUGGAACGCCAAAUUCCUAUCAAAGCUAAGAAACUCCGCGCAAAGCCACCACCUGAACCUGUGGCGAAUUAA